CCAAUCCCCCUUUAAUUUCCCAUGACUCCCCGCGUACUCAAGCCCCGCCCCCAGGCCCUCAGCCCCGCCCCGAAGUUUGAGGGGUGUGGAUGGUUUGUGACCCCCUCUUCCGACUCUACCCCUUACGGGCUGGGAGAACUGAGCUUGCUGGCCAGGGACCGGGCAGCCUUUCGGCUCAGGUGGGCCCACGGACUUCUCUCCGGCGCCGCGGGAAUAGGACCGCCCAACGCGGAGCCUGCGCCUCAGAAAACGCAGGGUCGGGACCCCUCCUCACCGCGCCGUCAGUGUCGCUCACAGGCUGAGGAGAGAGCAGAGGCCUCUGAGGCCGGAGACCUGGGGUCCUGCCUGGCCCCUGCCCCCGAAAGUUCCCUGUGUCUGUGCCAGUCGUUUUCGCUUCUCUCCGCCGCAGUUUCCUUUUCUGUAAAUCAGGGUUGGUGACAUUAACCUUCUUACUACCAUCAGGGGCUAGUCUGGGGAGCGAGAAGUAACUGCUACCAUUUAUUUAUUGAACCGUUGCCAUGUGCCAGACCCUGUGCUAGGUAUCUUGCUUCGAUGAUUUCCCGUCACCGUCAAAACAACCUUAUGAGGGCCCAUGUUCUAAAUAAGGAUGUGGAAGCUAUUCAGAUGUUGACAUGUCACGCACAUAUUCUUUGAGCAGUUUCUAUGGCAUCAUGCUAGGCACUGGGGUACAGAGAAAAAUACUUGUCAUCCAGAAGUCUAGUAGGGAGAGAUGGACAAGUAGAUGAGUGUAAUGAAAUGUUACAGGUAUCGUGAGAAUAGUUUAUUAAUGAUAAUCAUCCGAUCGGAUUUGCCCGGGACAGCUGUGAAAACAGCACACUCUCCAAGGGAAAGAGUAGGUCCUCUAAGGAGCAAAAGAAAGGCUUUCCUGCCUUUCUAAGGAACUACCAAGGGAGAAACUACACGGUACGAGAAGAGAGAUACAGUGUCGACCCAGUCAGCAGCCAGGCCAUGGAGCUCUCUGAUGUCACCCUCAUUGAGGGUGUGGGUAAUGAGGUGACUGUGGUGGCAGGUGUGGUGGUGCUGAUUCUAGCCUUGGUCCUAGCUUGGCUCUCUACCUACGUAGCAGACAGCGGUAGCAACCAGCUCCUGGGCACCAUUGUGUCAGCUGGCGACACAUCCGUCCUCCACCUGGGACACGUGGACCAUCUAGUAGCGGGCCAAGGCACCCCAGAGCCCACUGAACUUCCCCAUCCAUCAGAGGGUAAUGACGAGAAGGCUGAAGAGGCUGGCGAAGGUGGGGGAGACCCCACAGGGGAGCCCGGAGCCGGGGGUGGCGUUGAGCCGAGCCUUGAGCAUCUGCUUGACAUCCAAGGCCUGACCAAAAGACAAGCGGGCCCAGAAAGCAGCAGUCCAGAGGCCCCCCUGAGACCUGAGGAUGGCAGCUGCCUCCCCCCCAGCCCUGGCCUCAUCAAUGUGCGGCUCAAAUUCCUCAAUGACACCGAGGAGCUGGCUGUGGCCAGGCCGGAGGAUACCGUGGGUGCCCUGAAGAGUAAAUACUUCCCUGGACAAGAGAGCCAGAUGAAACUGAUCUACCAGGGCCGUCUGCUGCAGGACCCAGCCCGCACACUGCGUUCUCUGAACAUUACCGACAACUGUGUGAUUCACUGCCACCGCUCCCCCCCAGGGUCAGCUGUUCCAGGCCCCUCAGCAUCCUUGGCCCCCUCUUCGGCCACUGAACCCCCCAGCCUUGGCGUCAGUGUGGGCAGCCUCAUGGUGCCCGUGUUUGUGGUGCUGUUGGGUGUGGUCUGGUACUUCCGUAUCAAUUACCGCCAGUUCUUCACAGUACCUGCCACCGUCUCCCUGGUGGGGGUCACCGUCUUUUUCAGCUUCCUAGUAUUUGGGAUGUACGGACGAUAAGGAUAUAGGGAGAAAAUGAAAGGCAUGGUCUUCCUUCUUUAUGGCCUCCCCCCUUUCCUGGCCAGAGCUGGGCCCAAGGGCUUGGGAGGGAGGGGUGGAAAGGAUGUGGUGGGUCCUCCUCCUUAGGACAUAGGAGGCAGGUACAGGGCCUCCCCUUCACGUCCACGAGGGUACAGACGUCCCCUCUGUGCAAGCACAACUCAGGUAGAAAACGAGGACGUCAUCUUCUUUCACUUUUAGGGUCCAGAAAUUCAGAGCUGAGCUGGCGGUCUAGCUCAGUGGGCAGCCGGGGCUCGGAGGAUUCCCUCCCAGCUGUGGCCCUAGCUCUUUCCAUUGUCUUGCAUGUCUGCUCCUCAGUACCCAGGGCUGCCUGCCAGGGCAGCUCAGCAUGGCCCCAGCAUACUUCUGUAGGGAGCCUGGAGAAUUUUUCUGUUUCUUAAGGGAAUAUCCAUCUUUUGAGACUAAAGUCACACAGCAGGAAUGAAGGUUGUGUCCGCUUCCCCUGUAGGCACCUAGCCGCCUCUACCUUCUCCCUCCACCCCUGUAGCAGGAAUAGGGUGUUCUCUGUGUUCUGGAUAGUUUCCAGUGUUCUCCCCUUUUUCAAAGCACUUUGCUUGUAUUUCUUUUUUUUUUUUUUAAUAGUCCUUUAUAGAGCUCAGUCAGGAAGGGGAGUGCGGCACAAAGCCAAGCCCCCAGCAUUGGGAGAGGCCAAGCCACAGCUGCUGCUACCCUAGGCCUAAGGCUGUAAGCAAGAGACAGCUCUGGCCCUCAGCCAGUGUCCUACCCUGCCCAGCUCCAAGGACGAGCUCUGGGUAUGGAGCCCUGGGCCCCAGGCCCUUGCCUCCGGGGCUCAUGGAUGGAGGGUCAGUGUCUGUGACUAAAUAAAGUUCCGUUUUGUGGCUGUGGAGCCUCCUUCUGUGA